AUGUGUCCCCUCACCCCAAAUACACGACGGCAGCGGCGGGAAGGAAAGCCACGAGCAGACCUAGCAGCAGCAUGGCCACUGCUGACCGCCAAGGCAUGGUUGAUGGGGCGAGCCCAACGCAAGGCGUGUGCCUGGAGAGUGAGCUUCCCUUUCACUUUUGCCACCUCCCCCUUUACUUCCGCCACCUCCCCCUUAACUUCCGCCACCUCCCCCUUUACUUCCGCCACCCCCCCUUUUACUUCCGCCACCUCCCCUUUUACUUCCGCCACCUCCCCUUUUACUUCCGCCACCUCCCCUUUUACUUCCGCCACCCCCCCCUUUUACUUCCGCCACCUCCCCGUUUACUUCGGCCAACCCCCCCUGCACUGA